AUGUCAGCUUCAGACAACAAGACCAAGCUCGGCCUGCACGCUGCUGAUGUCGUCGACUACUCGGAGGCCGCUCGCUCGCUCUGCGGCUACAAAGACUCAUUGCGCCAGCCAUACCCUGCCAUCGAACCCUUCGAAACCGGUAAACUCAAAGUGGAUGAUCGUCACACCAUCUACUACGAAUGGAGCGGUAACAAGGACGGCUACCCCAUCGUCUGCCUUCACGGCGGACCUGGUGGAGGAAUCUGGUCCGAGGAACGACGAUGGUUCGACCCUUCUCACUACCGUAUUCUCUCGUUCGACCAGCGUGGUGCAGGCAAGAGCACCCCUCACGCUGACUUGGUUGACAACACUACCUGGCAUCUCGUCUCCGACAUUGAAGCACUUCGCGAGAAGCACGGCAUCUCCAAGUGGCACGUCUUUGGUGGCUCUUGGGGCUCUACGCUCUCCCUCGCCUAUGCUCAGUCCCAUCCUGACCGCGUCAGCGCCCUGAUCCUCCGUGGUAUCUUCACAUUGCGCAAGUCCGAGCUUCAAUUUUUCUACCAAAACGGUGCAUCCCACCUCUUCCCCGAACAAUGGGAGCUUUACCGCGACGGCAUCCCCGAAGCCGAGCGCAACGACUUCAUCACCGCCUACCACAAGCGUCUCACCUCCGACAACUCUGCUGUCCGUCUAGACGCCGCUCGCAGAUGGAGCACUUGGGAGAACUCAACGUCCAAGCUCUACAUUGAUGAGAACAAUCUCGCCAAGGGCGAAGAGGACAACUGGGCGUUGGCCUUUGCAAGAAUCGAGAAUCACUACUUCAUCAACGAAGGCUGGAUGAAGGACGGCCAGCUGCUCAAGAAGGAGAACGUCGACAAGAUAAGGCACAUCCCAGCGACGAUUGUGCAGGGCAGAUACGAUGUGGUCUGCCCGGCAACCACUGCAUGGGAGUUGCACAAGGUCUGGCCUGAGGCUGAAUUCCACAUGGUGCCGGACGCUGGUCACUCAGCUAAGGAGCCUGGCAUCACAGACAAGCUUGUAAAGGCGACCGACAAGUAUCGCUCCAUCAAGGCUUGA